UCCCUCUCUGUGCCUCUCUCUCUCUCUCUCUCUCUCUCUCCGCCUUCACGCGCCUGUCCUCCGCGUUGCUUUGCGUCGGGGCUGGAGCGGAGCCGCAUCGCCGUUCCAAUAAAAUGCGGGCGUGAAGAGCUCCGCGUAGUGAUCCGAGGAGGAGGCGGCGGCGGAGGAGGAGGAGGAGGAGGAGGAGGAGGACCGGGAGGACCGGGGAGACGCCGAGCCGUGCCUGUCCUGUCAGGACGCCGGGGCCCGGGAAAGGAAAAAAAAAAAAAAAAAAAUGUCGAACCGAAAGCACCGGGACAACCAGGAGAUCUGCGCCCGCAAGGUCCGCGAGCUGGCCCAGUCCGGAGUAAACAAACACUGCUUCGAGUGCAGCCAGCCCGGGGUGACUUACACCGACAUCACGGUGGGCAGCUUCGUGUGCACGUCGUGCUCCGGAAUGCUGAGAGGCCUCAACCCCCCCCACAGAGUCAAGUCUAUCUCCAUGACCACGUUCUCCCAACAGGAAGUGGAGUUUCUUCAAAACCAUGGCAACGAGGUCGGGAGGAGGACCUGGCUGUGUGUGUUCGACCCGAAGGCGGACGGCUGCGCCGACAUGAAGGACUCUCAGAAGUUCAAAGAGUUCCUCCAGGAUAAAUACGAGAAGAAAAAAUGGCAUUUUUCCAAAAGUAAAAACCGGAGGGACGUGGAGGGUCCCUGGAGUCCGGGCGUCCAGGCCGUCCCUCCGUCCCACGGCCCCCUGCCGGGCCAGGGCCCCGCCCACAACCUGCCCCCCAGCGCCAGACCGGCCAGGCCAAUGUCCCAGUCCCAGCUGCCGCCCUGGGAUCGGCCUCCCGCCAUCUCGCCCGCCGACAUGCGGACGGACGUGUUCACCGCCCGGCCCUCGCGCUCCCAGAGCUUCAGGGACCCCCCUCUGAAAGAUCCCACCCUGUGUGGGAUCGAGCGGCAGCGGCCCGGGUCGCUGUCCUCAGGACUCGGGGGUCAGAGCCACGCCCCCUCCUUCCCCGCCCUCCCACGACCCUCAGCCAGUAGCUCGUUCAAAAACCACUUCACUUUAGGUCGGACGGUGUCGGCCUCGGGGGCCGGCGGACCCUUCAGAGCCUUCCCCAAGUCCAUCAGCGUGGACUUCGGGGGUCUGAGCCACCCGCCGCCGCCGUCUCUGCCUCAGUCUCUGUCUCAGCCUCAGCAGCAGCCGCCGCCGCCGCCGCCGCAGCAGCAGCAGCAGCCUGCCGUCGUCGGGCAGACGCCGGCGGCGCCGGUGAGCAACGCCAACGCCCAGGACAGGUACGCCGCGGUGUCCCAGCUGGACAGCGUCUUCUCGGAAACCACACCGACCGCAGCUCCCCCUGGUGGCCCCCCGCAGUACAGCACCCUGUUUGGCAACAGGCUCUCGUCCAGCUCCACUCCUGCCAGCUCCCCCGGCGUCGAUGCUGUUUCCAACUCCCAAACCUUUGCGAAUUUCCCCAACCCAUUCAGCUCCGGCUCCGGCUCGGCGUCCCAGCAGCCCGUCGCCCUCUCCCCCAGUAACCCCUUCAGCAACGCCUCGGGAGGUGACUCCGGCGCGUUCGUCACCUCGCCCACCUCCGUCUUUCCGCCGUCCGCCUCCUUCCCGGCGCCCGCCUCCCAGAAUGCAUUUCCUCAUGAGUCAGCCACCAGUCAGGAAACCAACGGUUUUGCCUCCUUCCCCGCCUCCGACUCUCAGCCCAAAGUUCCUCGGCCCAUGUCGGUGAACCCGUUCACGGGAAACGUCUACCCCAGUCGGAGUUCGUCCAAGAACCCCUUCAUCUGACCGCCGUCCGGCCCGCUCUGGGAACGGCGGGAGAACCUGAGGAGCUGCUGCCAUUUCAAUGCCUCUGGAGUAUUCCCACCCCUCCCGGGAGGGUUCCACGCCCCCCUCCUCCCCCCGCCCCCCUCCGAUCCGUCUGUGUUUACGUGUUUGUGAAGGAAAAAUAACGUGCGAAUGUGAUCCUGGAUUCGGUGUGUGUGUGCGUGUGUGUGUGUGUGUGUGAGAGUGUCGGCCUGCUGUGUUUGUACCCGGUGACACGUGUGGACCGGUGUGUGUGUGUAUGUCUGUGUGUGUGUGUGUGUGCCAGUAGACGCCACCUCAGGGCUCUGUGGGAGUCUCCAGUCAAAACCGCGCCUCCAUCCGUUUCUGCAGAGAUGCACACUUUACACACACAUAUAACACACACACACACACACACACACACACACACACACACACACACGUCGCUGCUGCUAUUUUGCUUUCAUCUCCUGCUUUUAGAAGUGCAUAAAAAAAUAAAGAACCAGAAAAAAAAAAACCCAGCCCACCAGUAAAUAUGUCGGCGUUGUCUUCUGCUUUAAACCUGUUGAAUCUCAGUGGUCCAAACCAGAGUCCAGGUGGGACUCCGAGCCGGCGUCUCCACCUCCCAUACACGGUUUUAACAGCCUUAACAGCCUCCUGAUGCAUGUGGAUUAGCGAGAAUGUGUGUGUGUGUGUGUGUGUGUGUGUGUGUGUGUGUGUGUGUGUGUGUGUGCGCGUGUGUGUUUGCAUUUGUCACUGUUCUUUUAUGUCAGAUUUCCUCGGAAGGUUGAUCUACACGUCCCACUCUCAGGCUGCAUGCGCUUAGAGGGCUAAACGGAGAUGCUACUGAAUGUAAAAGCAAUUUGAGAAUAACUAUAAAUGUGUAUUAAAAAAAAAAAAUAAUAACAGAACUACAUCGCUUCAUGUACCGGACCAAAAUGUUUUCUCGCUUGUUUUUGUUUUUCGAUUAUUUUUUUUUUUUCCUUUCGGUUGACAUGGAGGCGAAGUUGAUUUCAAUUAUUUUGCCAAAAA